UUCACAACGAACAUGUAAACAAUGAAUGGCAAAAAACAGUUGGUGUUGUGAUACGAAAAUGUGGCGUUUAACUUUAAUAAAAGAAAUUUCGGAUAAGGGAAAUUGGAUUAUUUCCUCGGAUGUGGCCAUAGUUAUAGCCAACAAGUAUCCAAAGGCGCAGCAGCACUUUUUGGUCCUGCCCAAGGCGGAUAUUUCGAGUAUUUUUGAGCUUACCCGCGAGCAUUUGCCGCUGCUGGAGCAGCUGCAUCUGCUGGCGAGCAACAUUGUCGAGGUGCGUGGACUGCAGUGGAAGGAUUUUAAGGUGGGUUUCCAUGCCGAACCGGUCCUGGAACGGCUGCAUUUGCAUGUAAUAUCCCAGGACUUUGUGUCGUCCUGCCUAAAGAAGAAAAAGCACUGGAACACCUACAACACAGAACUGUUUGUGCCGUACGAGGUGCUGCGGGACAAGCUAAAAGCGGAAAACAGUUACCAACGCCUGUCGCCGGAUGUGAUUCAUGCACUGCUGGCCACGCCUUUAUGCUGCAAUCAAUGCGAUUUUAAGCCCGGAAAUCUGUCAUUGCUCAAAGAACAUUUGGAGCAGCAUCUGCAGAGACAGAUAGCAGAAGAGCUACAAUGCAAUAAGGCAUAGAGUUCCCAUGCUGGUUGAGUACCGGCAAACACACAAAACAACACUACAUUCUGCGUGUACCGCAAAGCGCUUCGUUGUUGCUGCUUCACGACUUUCCCGCAAAGUCAGCUUUAAGGGAGAGUAUGACACACACAAAUGCAACGCAACGAUAGAAGUGUGCUUGUGUUGGUGACACGUACAGCAAGUACUUUUUGUUCUGCUGCACUGACACCAAUUAGAUAAAUAUAAUUACCUUACCAUACAUA